GGAAGUGUAAGCAGGUGGCAACGGUUGUCGGGUUCUAGUGGAAAGCCAUCGAGGGAAUUUGAGGAGCGGAAGAACUUCCCUUACGAUGGCAGAUGAUGGUAAGCCAGGGUGGAAGGGGAAAAGAUACAAAUACCUCUUGGAUUGCUCUGCGAAUCCUCGAGGAGCAGGAGCAUCUCACACGCACAGAUCGUCGAGAUAUUCAGUUCACAAUGUCGUCGGUUCCUUCUGUCGAGGCCGCCUCGUCCUCCUCGACUCCCGCAUCAGUACCCGAGCCGGAGAUCUCCAUCCGCCGACUUCUCUCCCCUACGCCUUCUGAAGUGCAAGCAGCACUCGAAGUCCUCCGUAUCUCCUUCUCCAAGAGUGCCUUCUUUGCUGCCAUCUUGGGAGGAAAUGUGAGCCCAGAACGGAUGGCAGCAGCGCACGAGCUCUUCCUACGAGCUGCGUUGGUGAGGGGUGAAGGAGAGGUCUGGAUUGCCGAGUCGUUCUUCCCCGAAGAGCCGGAGAAGAAAGAGGUCGUCGGUGCCGUGCUGUGGUUCUUGCCUGGGACGGAGUUCUUAGCGACUGAGAAGCAGAGGAAAGCUGCAAGAUGGGAGGAGUUUGCACGCAUGCUGGGCGUCCAAUCGCGUUGGUUGACAGACUACUACCUUCCGCGAAUAGACGCCUUCUGGACACGCGCCCUCCCGUACGGCCCUUCGCACCUCGAAUCCUACGAACUAUGCAAGCUCGCUGUCCUCCCCAACUCGCACAACGCGGGUAUCGCCUCCCUUCUCGUUUGGCCUGUCCUCUCCCGCGCAGUGCGAGAGGGUAAAAGAGUGGUAGGGGAGACGACGAGCGAGGGGAACGUUAGCAAGUACCUGCGUGUCGGAGGUCAGCAGGUGGGAGAAGAACGUUUUUACGCAUUUGACGCGCGUGGGCGGCCGACGGAAGAAGGAGAGCCGGCAUUCCGCAUUUGGGGAUUGGAAUUCCAGCUUGGACAAGUUGGGAAUGGACAUUGGAGUAGGACGAACGAGAGAGAUGAGCAGAAUGAGAAGGGAAUAACGAGGGCAUGUCUGUGAGUGAGGAGGGG